AUGGUUGUAUUCAGGCCUGCUCGGGCGAGGUCCAUCCUGCUGAUCGCAUUCGCCUUAAUCCUGGUCUGCACUGUGUAUCUGUACUGGACCCCAACCAGCGCGUCAUCAACGGUUUCAUUAGUCCCAAGCACUGCCUUCGAAGUACCGCUCGUCGAACGCCAGAAAGAUUUCUGGAAAGUCAUUCAUCCUAUACUCGAACGCCAUAAUCCCAACUGUACUGCGCCGAAAAAAUUGAACGAUGCCGGUGCCGUUGGCUUCGAGCGCGUCAGUGAUGACAUGCCGCGGCCCGACUUGACGACCUUGAGUGAGGAGGACCAGAAGACCAUGGAAGAAGCACAUGCGAACUUUGUGGAGGACAUUAAACAACUGCAAGAAAAGAAUGCGCUCAAGUCUGCUCAUACUCCAGGGAAGCGGGGGCUGGUUUCUACGGCUGGUGGGACCUACCUGCCUGUCUUUGUAAACUCGCUGCGCAUGCUUCGUCGCGCAGGGUCUACCUUGCCCGUUGAAGUAUUUAUGAAAGAUGCUAGCGAGUUUGAGAAACAGAUUUGUAACGAAGUGCUGCCCGAGUUGGAUGCGCGUUGUCUAGUGCUCGGUGAUGUUCUCGGCGGCAAGGAUGCGAACGGAAAGGAUCCCAUUUCGCACUACCAGCUCAAAAUAUUUGCUGUUCUGUUCUCCUCUUUUGAGGAUAUCGUCUGGAUGGAUGCUGAUACCUUUCCUCUGGGAAAACCGGAGGACUUGUUGGACGCUGAGCCCUUCACGUCGUCUGGGUUGGUCACCUGGCCGGAUUUUUGGGUCUCGUCGGCUUCUCCUCUAUACUAUAAGAUUUCUCGUCAGGAGGCUCCACCCAUGUCCGCUCGCCAAUCCUCCGAGACUGGUGCUUUCCUAGUCUCCAAAAAGACGCACAUGCUGCCUCUGCUACUUGCGGCGUAUUAUAACUUGUAUGGCCCAUCUCACUACUUUCGACUUUUGAGUCAAGGAGCUCCAGGAGAGGGUGACAAGGAGACAUUUCUCCAAGCGGCUACUGCGGUCGGCGCAAGCUACUAUGCCGUUUCCGAAAAGGUUCAAGCUAUUGGACAUCAGAACGGAGCAAAGCUGUCCGGGUCUGCCAUGGCCCAAUCUGACCCACGGGAGGAUUCUGUUCAUAGAUCGGAUCCAUCCGCUCCAGUAUCACACGUCUUCUUUAUCCAUGCGAACUAUCCUAAAUUUAACCCUGGAGAGAAAGUCUUUGGGUUGGCCUGGGAGACCAAACCUACUUUGAAAGAAGACGGCUCAGAUGGCCGAGCAUGGACUGCCCCGCCGGACACAAUCCAAAGAUUUGGCUAUGAUGUGGAGAAGAAUUACUGGGACGAAAUCAAAUGGGUGACCUGCAAUCUCCAAUUCAAGUCGUGGGAGAAAAAGGCAGGUCUUUGUCAGAAGGUCGAGGACUAUUGGAAGAAUGUAUUCGCUGAACCGCAUGACGAUGAUCCAAAGUUUGAAACCGUCUGA